AUGAUACUCACUGUGAUAGUUGCACAGAUUCCAAUCACGAAAUUAAUAAAGCCUUUUAAUGUUUUUUUAAGGACACCAUUUAUUCUGAUACACCUAAUACUUGUUCAUAAUGAAUAUAGCCAUGUUUUUUAUGUGAUCUUAAUGGAUCCUUGA